UUUUGGUCGAAGGAAACAAGAAGUUUCAUUUCUUUCCCAAAUAUUCCGCUUUUCUAAUAGUCCCAUUUUCUCUACCUCCAACCAAUCCCCCGCUCGCACUCGCCGCCAUGGAAACUUCUUCUCCGGCACGGAACCCCAAUCACCCUGGAGAAGGAGAUCUGCAGCAGCGGUACCAGAACGUCGUCGUAAUGCGGCACGGCGACCGGAUGGACAACUUCGACGAGAACUGGACCAAGACCGCCGCCAGGCCCUGGGACCCGCCGCUCGUCGACGCCGGCCUCGCCAGGGCCUUCGACACCGGCCGCCACUUACGGGCUAGUCUCGAUUUCCCCAUCCACCGCGUCUUCGUCUCCCCGUUUCUCCGCUGCGUCCAAACCGCCGCGCAGGCUGUGACAGCGCUCUGCUCCGUUGACGGCGCCGUUAUCGAUCCCUCUAAAAUCAAGGUGGCCAUUGAGUUCGGAUUGUGCGAGAUGCUGAACACGGAGGCCAUUAAACCCGAAUGCGCUCCUCCAAGUGGAGAUUUUGCCUUCAAUAUCCCGGAGCUGGAGGCAUUGCUACCAGCCGGGACAGUGGAUCACACCGUCAAACGGGUAUAUGAAGAGAUGCCCCAAUGGGGAGAAUCAGUCGCGGCUGCCAGAACUAGAUACACUGAAAUCAUCAAGGCUCUUGCUGAUAAGUACCCUGCUGAAAACUUGCUGCUUGUAUCUCACGGGGAAGGAGUUGGAGUCUCGUUCUCUGCAUUUUCAGUCGAUAAGACUGUUUAUGAAGUACAGUACUGUGGCCAUACCGAGUUAAGGAGGCCGGCCCGAGGGGGAGAGUUUGAGGUGAAGGGAUACAAUGGCAUCCGUUACUGCUCUACAAGGACUUAAAAAAAGAAAAAAAUCAGAACCAACCGGGGCUGCUGAUAGAUAUAUUGGUGCAUUUGAGCUGAGUGACCUCAUCAUCUGGAGUUUCAUUUUGUGAGCAGGACUAACUCUACUACAGUCGGGUCAGUCUUACCUCACCCAUUUAUAAUUUGCUUGAACUAUGCAAGUUGGACGACAUACUGAGAAAUUGGUGUUUCUUUCUAUUUUCCCUUGUUCAUUUGUUAACUCUGGAAUAACAUUGCAAAUAAAGGAAGCGUUUCUGAAGUUGUUUUGUAUGCGUUUUGGGUAUUGGAUGUGUGAAGAAUUGGCCUUGGUCGGGAAACUGUUGUAGUACUAAGAGAUGCAUAUUGGAAGGCAUGGUUGUGUAGUGAGCUCUUGAGAGCGUUCAUGCUCAUUUAGGAGAAGUUGCUCUAUUUAUUUUGUUGGAUCAGACAUCCCUACGGUAGCUUUCAACGUUAGUAUGUGUAUGGAAGAUUCUCUUUCUCCCAAAACUGCGAU